CACUUUUCUAAUGUUGUCUUUCGGCAACAUUUCAACAUUACACAGACAAACAUGUCAUGAUAACACAAUCACACGACUUGCUUUUGUAUUCAGAGAUACCUGAAAGGAAUUUUAAAACCACCAUGGAGAAACACAACAGUGCAGAGUCACAGUUGACCACGGCUUUGCUGCUGUCUGUUGUGGUAACUGUGGCAGCAGGAAUAUUCUAUCUGUACAGUGUGAUAAUGCAAAUGCUGCACAAAACACCCGUGCAAAACAAAGUAGUGCUAAUAACCGAUUCAUUGUCAGCCCUGGGAAAAGAGUGUGCAAAACUCUUCCACAAGCGGGGAGCCCGUCUGAUCCUUUGUGGCAAGAACUGGGAAAAGCUUGAAGCUCUUGCACAGCAGCUGGUCAAUGAAUCGGAUCCUAUUAUAACAUUCCCACCAAAGUUAAUAGAGAUGGAUUUCACAGACAUGGACAUGAUGCCAGAUGUGCUUUCAGAUGUACUUGACUGUUACGGCUACCUGGACAUGCUCAUCAUCAACAGCAGCAUAAAAGUGAAAGCACCUGCACAGUCUCUGUCUCUGGAAAUGGACAAGACUGUUAUGGAUGUCAACUAUUUUGGACCGAUCACACUGACCAAAGGUGUUCUGCCCUCAAUGAUCUCCAGAAGGUCUGGUCAUAUUCUCCUGGUCAACAGCAUUCAGGGAAAACUGACCGUUCCCUUCCGCACAACUUAUGCUGCCUCCAAACAUGCAGUACAAGCCUUCUUCGACUGCCUAAGAGCUGAGGUGCAGGAGUGCGGCAUCUAUGUUAGCACCAUCAGUCAUACCUUCAUAAACGCCGGUAACACGACCCAGCACACCACCGUGAGCAAUUCCAUCAUGUCAGCGCUAACAGGACAGAAAACUCGUGGCAUUUCAACAAAAGAGAUGGCAAAUGCAAUACUACAAGCUCUGAGUAGUAAGAAGAAGGAAAUCAUCAUGGCCCACUCCAUCUCAAAAGCAGCUAUCUAUACCCGCUCUCUCUUUCCCAACUUCUUCUUCGCUGUAAUGGCAGCAGGAGUGAGAAAAGCUGCAAGUGUGGAGCCAGUGCAGUGAAAUGUGACAUCAUUGAGUAUUCAAAAUCUUUUCAGAAUUUUACUCUUCACUUGGUGAAAUGUCAAUGUUACAAAUUGUCAAUGUUGAAGUAUUUGUAGUUAAACAAAUAGAUUUAUGUUCCUGAAUGUGUUGUACAGUAAAUGUGACCUUUUUCCACAUUUUCCUUCCAAGGACCCUUCUUAAGACCUAUCUCUAUUUUCUAGGGAUUUCUCCAAGUUAUUUUUUCCUUCCAGUGUUUUGGAGUCAGUGUUUCUAAAUAAUUGUUGGUAAAGUUUAUGUGACACACUAAAAAAAUUAAGUGUAUGUAUUUAUCAAGGCACCAUAUACUGUGACGCAAUGUUGUAGCAGAUAAAGUUGCUGUCUCACUGUCGAUCCUGAGCUCAGGUUAAUGCCGUAUGUGGUUUUAUACAUCUUCUCUUCAGUUGUACACAUUGGUUUCCACCAGGUUCUCCAGAUUCUUCCCACCUCCCAGAAGCCUGCUAGUGGAUGGACGGCUAUACCAAAUUGCUCCUAACUGUGUGUGUGUGUGUGUGUGUGUGUGUGUGUGUGUGUGUGUGUGUGUGUGUGUGUGUGUGUGUGUGUGUGUGUGUGUGUGUGUGUGUGUGUGAGUGUGUGUAACUCUGUGAUGAACUGUUGUCUCAUCCAGGGUUUAUUCUCUCCUCACUCCCUGGAUGUGGAUCCACCACAACCCUGACAGAGAUAAAACAUUUACUGAAGAUGGAAGGAUCAAAUAAACCUGCGAGACAUACAGAGUGAUUCAUGACAGGAAUCAACGUCGCUUUACUGUGAGACUGGACAACGGAGGUAACGUGCAAAACGCGGUACUGGAGUAUUCACAUGGGACUGACGGGCACGUGCGUUUGUUAUCAACAGAAGUACCUGAGUCUUUCAGAGGUAAAGGGGUAGCUGCGAGUCUGGCCAAGGCUGCACUGGACUUUGUGGUUGAAGAAAAAUUAAAAGCAAGCAUAUCUUGUUGGUAUAUUAAGAAAUAUGUUGAAGAAAAUCCUCAACAUGGCUACCAGGUGCAUAUUGAAGAGUAAUGUCAUAGACAGCCAAAUGAUCUACAGUCCUUAUUAAAGAACUUUUCUAACAUUAA